CUUCUUGCUCGUUGCAAACAGUAGGCGGCGAACAGAGCCCGCUUGUAAUUUAGGCUUAGCCGCUCAGGGAUGAAGAGGCUCCUUCCCGGUGAUGGCACACCGGCUGCUGGCGAUGAGAGGAAGAUGAAGAAGGCUAAGCUGACGGAGAGCGACGAGGAACCCGACGAUCGAACAGCGGAAAACUCCGGCGGGUUUGUUUAUCUGGAUGAGAAUCUUCUGUUCGAGGUGCUGAAGCACGUGGACGCGAAGACGCUGGCGAUGGCGGGAUGCGUGAGCAAGCAGUGGCAUAGGACGGCGCAGGACGAGCGAUUGUGGGAGUUGAUCUGCUCCAAGCAGUGGGCAAACACCGGCUGUAGCGAGCAGCAGCUGCGUACGGUGGUCCUUGCACUCGGCGGAUUCCGUCGUCUUCACGCGCUUUACCUGGGGCCUCUAUCCAAGCCGCAGGCGUGUUCGGCCUCGUCAUCUUCGUCGUCGGCUUGGGCUGCGGUCCCGAAGAAGAUUCCAUCGAAGCCACCGUCUCGGCUGGGCAAAGACGAGGUUCAUCUUUCCUUGUGUCUGAUGUCGAUCAGUUGCUACGAGAAGAUGAAUUUCAAUAAGAGGAACAGAUGAUUUUUACGAUUUAAAUUAUGUAGCCAAUUCUGAUUCGGCCUCUGUAAUCUGCUGAUGGCCUUGGGGUUGAAUGUGUUUUGUACGGUUGGGAUUUCUGGAUUAGAGUGACCAGAUCUGCAGUAUUAACACGGAUUCGAGUUCGUUGAGAAGGAAUCUGGUUAAUGGAAGAAUUAUAUUAUAUUAUAAUGUAAAAAUUCCAGUAAUGGGAUUUUGUGUUGUGAAA